AUGCUAACUAAAGAAGAACUCAAGUUAAGAAGCUUCCUCUGUACUCUUUCUCGCGAUUCAGGCUUCGAUCAGCGCGACCAAAGCGGUGAUGCGGCUGUCUCCGAUUUAGAGGACGCUGUUAUCGCCGUCAAGGAUGGUGACGUUGCUGCUGUUAAUAGUAACUUGAGCGCUGCGAUGACGGAUUAUGGAACGUGUAAUAUGGUUUUGAGGAGGCUGUGA